CCGACGUUCGACUGGGCGCCGCCGACCGCCUCUCAUUUGGGUCUGGUUCUUUGCGUUUGUGAUCCUCCCGCUGGUUCGCCGGUUUACUAGUUCUUAUUUUGCAUAUCUCGACGAUACAGCUUACGGCCGACAUGAAUUCCAGCGACCUAUUCUCUUUCCUCGAUGAAACCCCUCCAGAAGGGGACGACUACGAAUCCGAGAUCAGCAGUGUGCAUGCUAUGGAUACCGAUGACCACAGCGAGGUUCCAAAGAAGCGCAAAGCGGAAGAAGAUAGCGUGUCAGCACCUCCCGCUGAUGACGCCGAACCCCCUCUAGAUGGAGAGAACGAAGCUGGGCCAUCUGACCCUAAAAAACCUCGCAUGUCGUCGCCAAAUCCCAUGGUCACCGACGAAGUGGAGAUAGAGGCAAAGCGAGAGGUUGCGGCUAGCGCUGGGCUCCAAGGUUCCGUCGAGGCGGGCUCAAAGCUAGAGCUUCGCCAUCAGGUCAGACAUCAAGUCGCGGUGCCACCUGGUUAUCCUUACAUACCUAUCGCGAAUCAUGUACCUCCUGCCAAACCAGCACGAGAAUACAAGUUCACGCUGGACCCCUUCCAGCAAGUGUCGGUGCAUGCGAUUCAGCGUAACGAGAGUGUACUUGUGUCUGCUCACACGAGUGCGGGUAAGACUGUCGUAGCUGAGUAUGCAAUUGCGCGCUGUCUGCAGAAUAAGCAGCGUGUGAUCUACACCAGUCCUAUCAAGGCCCUCUCAAACCAAAAGUACCGUGAGAUGCUCGCCGAGUUUGGCGAUGUCGGCCUCAUGACAGGAGACGUCACAAUUAACCCCUCAGCAACAUGUCUAGUCAUGACUACUGAAAUCCUUCGGUCGAUGCUAUACCGUGGUUCCGAGAUUAUGCGCGAAGUUGCCUGGGUCAUCUUCGACGAGAUUCACUACAUGCGCGAUAAAGAGCGUGGCGUUGUCUGGGAAGAAACUAUCAUCCUCCUCCCGCAUACAGUUCGCUACGUCUUUCUCUCCGCCACGAUUCCCAACGCAAUGCAGUUCGCCGAAUGGAUUUGCAAGUCGCAUGAGCAGCCGUGUCAUGUUGUCUACACCGAUUUCCGUCCUACUCCACUACAGCACUAUCUCUUCCCCGCGGGCGGAGAGGGUAUCUACCUAGUUGUCAACGAGAAGGGCGAAUUCAGGGAGGAUAACUUCACAAAGGCGAUGGGCAUGCUCCAGGAGAGGCAAGGGGAAGACCCUGCAGAUCCAAAAGGCGGUCGCGGACGUAAAGGCAAGACCAAGAAAGGUGGAGAUAAGAAGGGCCCUUCAGAUAUCCAGAAGAUUAUCAGGAUGAUCAUGCAGAAGAACUACAACCCGGUCAUUAUCUUCGCUUUCAGUAAGCGCGAGUGUGAAGCUCUUGCACUGACCAUGACCAAGUUCGAGUUCAACUCCACCGACGAACAAGACAUGGUCACAAACAUCUUCAAUAAUGCGAUCGACAACUUGUCCGCGGACGAUCGGCAGCUUCCUCAGAUUUCCAAUCUUCUCCCUCUCCUCAAGCGUGGCAUCGGCAUCCACCACGGUGGUCUACUUCCUAUUCUCAAGGAGGUCAUCGAGAUUCUUUUCCAAGAAGGUCUGAUCAAGAUCCUUUUCGCCACCGAAACGUUCUCCAUUGGUCUGAACAUGCCCGCGAAGACUGUUGUCUUCACCGCAGCACGCAAGUUUGACGGUCGCGAGUUCCGCAACCUCUCGUCCGGAGAGUAUAUCCAGAUGUCUGGUCGUGCUGGUCGUCGUGGUCUCGAUGAUCGCGGUGUGGUCAUCAUGAUGUGCGACGAAAAGCUCGAGCCGACUGCUGCGAAGGAGAUGAUCAAGGGCGAGGCCGACCGACUUGACUCCGCAUUCCACCUCGGCUACAAUAUGGUCCUCAACUUGAUGAAGGUCGAGGGCAUCAGUCCCGAGUACAUGCUUGAACGCUGCUUUCUCCAGUUCCAGAGCAACGCUGGGGUCCCGGUUUUGGAAGACGAGCUUCGCAGGGAGGAACAAAAGAAGGCUUCUAUCGUUGUUUCCGACGAGGAACUCGUAUCCGAGUACUAUGAAUACCGACAGCAACUAGAUCAGAUGGCUGCUGACUUCCGCGAAGUCAUCACGCACCCUAGCUAUAGCCUUCCCUUCCUCCAGCCUGGUCGGCUUGUCAAGAUAAAGUAUCAAGACCUGGACUUUGGCUGGGGUGUCAUUAUCAACUAUCAAAAGCGCCAGUCGCCGAAGAAUCGACCUACGCCCGUUGCAGAGGAUGUUCCGCCACAUGAACAGUAUGUCGUCGAUGUCCUCCUGAACUGCGCAUUCGGUGGUACCCUUCCGAAAGAUCGUGCGACGACCACUCCGACGCCUGCUGGCAUUCUGCCCUGUCCUCCAGGUCAGAAGGGCGAUCCGCAGGUCGUCCCCGUGCUACUAUCCACACUUGAGUCGAUUAGCCAUCUCCGUGUCCACUUGCCGAAGGACAUCCGCUCCUCACAGGCGCGUGAAACAGUGUGGAAGACCAUCCAGGAGGUGCACCGGCGUUUCCCAGACGGCAUUCCCCUGCUGGAUCCUGUUCAGAACAUGCAUAUUACCGAUGACAAAUUUAAGCAGCUGGUGAAGAAAAUCGAGAUCAUGGAGCAAAAAAUGUUCUCGAGCUCGCUUCAUAAGGAUCCGCGGCUACCAGAGCUGUACACGCUAUACAAGCAGAAAGUCAGCUCUCAGGAGCGGAUGCGGGAGCUUAAAAGGAAGAUACAGGCGACGCACGAUGUGCUGCAGAUGGAAGAGCUCAAGGCACGAAAGCGCGUCUUACGCCGUCUCGGCUUCACCAGCUCGGCCGACAUCGUCGACAUGAAGGGCCGUGUGGCGUGCGAGAUUAGCACUGGUGACGAACUGCUAUUAACAGAGCUAAUCUUCAACGGUGCCUUUAAUACCCUCUCGCCCGAGCAGAGUGCUGGUCUCCUCAGCUGCUUUGUCUUCACAGAAAAGAGCGAGCAGCAAACACGGCUGAAGGAAGAGCUCGCUGCUCCUCUUCGCGUCAUGCAAGAGAUUGCACGGCGGAUAGCCAAGGUGUCGAAAGAAUCGAAGCUGCCCAUCGUCGAAGACGAGUACGUGCAGUCGUUCAAGGUCGAGCUCAUGGACGCAGUCGUGCAGUGGUGCCGCGGCGCGUCGUUCUCCGAGAUCUGCAAGCUUACCGACCAAUUCGAAGGAAGUUUAAUCCGUGUUUUCCGCCGACUUCAAGAGCUCAUCCGCCAGAUGAGCCAAGCCGCGAAGGUCAUUGGCAACACGGAACUGCAGGAAAAGUUUGACAAGGCGUCAGAGAUGCUGGAAAGGCCAAACUCGGUCAUCUUCUGCUCUUCGCUCUAUCUCUAGUCUCGCUUUCCUUCGCCCUGGUGUUU